AUGAUAGGAUAGAAAAAAUAUUUUAACAAUUUAGAAGAAUUUUUAGACACUUCACUUUAAUCGUUUUAGGUUCUCUAUAUAGAUCUAAAUAAUUAGAGAUAGUUAAUUGGUGAUGAAGGUGCAUCAAGUUUAGGUUCUGGUUUAGGAAAGUGCUCUAAUCUCUCAAAUUUGAUACUUUAUCUUGAGGGGAAUUAAAUUGGUGAUAAAGGUACAUUAAGCUUAGGUUUUGGUUUAGGAAAGUUCACUAAUCUCUCAAAUUUGACACUCAAUCUAGGGCUAAAUGAAAUUGGUGCAAUUGGUGCAUUAGGCUUAGGUUUUGGUUUAGGAAAAUGCACUAAUCUCUCAAAUUUGACACUCGAUCUAGGUUGGAAUUAAAUUAAUGAUGAAGGUGCAUCGAGCUUAAGUUCUGGUUUAGGAAAUUGCACUAAUCUCUCAAAUUUGACUCUAAAUCUAUCGAAAAAUUAAAUUGGCGAUGAAGGUGCAUCAAGCUUAGACUCUUUUUUAGGAAAGAGCACUAAUCUCUCAAAUUUGACACUUUAUCUUAAGUGGAAUUAAAUUGGCGCAAUUGGUGCAUCAGGCUUAGGUUCUGGUUUAGGAAAGUGCACUAAUCUCUAUAAUUUGAAACUUAAUCUAGAUAACAACUAAAACAAAAGAUAUUAAUAAUUGAAAUUAAAAUGCCUUAAAUCAAAAAGAUUAGUUGCCUUAGAAAUACAAUAUUGGUGA